AUGGGGUCUUCUCUGUUCUGGUUCGAUAAUUGGACUGGUUUAGGACCUCUCUAUUUCCUUAAACCUGCUGAUUUUCACUGCAAUGAGGAUAUUAAUAAUGUCUCAGAUGUAGUGACAGAAGGUAGGUGGCAUGAGGUGGCAAUCAGAAAUAAUUUGCCUGAAGAACUUGCUGAAUAUAUAUUAAACGAUGUUCAACCACCUGCCAGAGGGGAUGAAUUAGACAGGCCUUGGUGGAUGCUUGAAACUAAGGGUGAUUUCACUGUCAAAUCUGCAUGGGAGUAUAUAAGAAGCAAGGGUGAAAAAAGGGAUGUUUACAAGAAGAUAUGGGUGAAAGGAUUGCCUUUUAAAAUAGCAUUCCUGAUGUGGAGGGUGUGGCAUUUCAAAGUGCCAUUGGAUGAUGUGAUCCAGAGUUGGGGAUAUCACAUGCCAUCUAUGUGUUCGUGUUGCGCGGCACCUAAGGAAGAAACUGUUCCUCACAUAUUCUUAAGAUGUGAAAUUGCUCAGAGGACGUGGUCAUAUUUUUGUGCUGCUACUGGUAUUAAUAUUUCAGGAAUGCAUUUGCAUCAAGUUAUAGUGAAAUGGUGGACUGCUGAUGUGUUACCUAGAAUGAAACCUAUAUUCUAUGCUAUUCCUUAUAUUAUUGUGUGGGAACUGUGGAAGAAGAGGAACGGGGAUAAGCAUAGGAAUAAAGUUUCUUUUAGCAGAGUCAUAUAUCAAGCUUCAACUAACAUUCAACAUCUGGUAAGGUUGAGGAAACCAGGUAUCAGAAUUAUUCCUCAUAGAUGGCUUGACAUUCUGGAACAAUUUGUCCCUAAAUUACAAGUGACAAAGGUUUGGUGGUAUUUGCCUCCUGAAGGGUGGUGGAAAUGUAAUACAGAUGGUGCUACGAGGGGCAAUCCUGGCAGGAGUUCCUUUGCAUUCUGUGUGAGGAAUCAUACCGGUGAUUUGGUUUUUGCUAGAGCAAAGGAAAUGGAGGAUGCAACAAAUACUGAGUCUGAAGCUAUGGCACUACUCGAAGCUGCUAAAUACUGUAUAUCUCAACAUAAGUAG